AGCAUUGCAAAAUUGAAGAGGAAGAAAGGAAGGAAGGUAUGUGUAAGUCUGGCUUGAAAUGAGUUUUAUUAAAAACACCUCAAUUCUUGUCUGCACAUUUUUGAAGAGUGUAAAAAAAAAUGGAGGAAGUUACCUCCAGUGGUUUUGUGGCUUUUUAAGUAUGACAUACAGGAUAUUGAAUUUAACCCCUGUUUAUCCUGAAGUGUAUGAAUAUUUCGGGGAUAAACAAAGCAACUAUUCUUUGAAAUAUGCGUCUGUGGCCAAGUGAUUCCAGUUACUUGGAAUCACAGUUCUGUUGAUUCUCUUUUCUGCUUCAAGUAUUUGCGCACCACAGACAUAAGAUUAUUCAUAUAAUAAUUUUUAAAAACUACGUGGUCUUGCUAGAAUUUCUGUAUAAAUGUAUAAAAAUGUCUUUUAAAUAUGGCAGGAAUGUUAUAUUAGAACUCCAUAUGAGAUUUUACAUUUUAUUAGUGCCUAUUGUGUGUUUGUAUUUCAGAAAGCUUGGUAGAGUUUAUAAAUGCUAUUUCUCUCAAAAACAGUCAUGUAUGUAGGAGAGUCCAAGUGCUUUUUACAACUCUCUGUAGCUUCAUUAAUUCAUCUAGCAUUUAUAAAGUUUUAAUUCAGUGUUUAUUAAGAUAGAUUUCUUAAGCCAGUAACCUGAAGUAUUUGUUUAGACUCACAAACUUUUGGAUAUAAAAUGACAUGUUAAGGAUAUGUGAAAAGAAUUUUAAUUAUCUAGCAAAAAAAUGUGAUUUUCACAACAAUAUCUUUUGUAUGAACCACCAACAAUAUUUCCAGAAAGUCUAGAGUCUUAGGGCAACAAAUCAGAGCCCCCAGCUUUAAUCAAAAUAAAAAUCUGCAGUGUUCACAUCUGGCUCCACCUGAAAGUCCGGUUCAGAAUUUCCCUGUGAUCCUGGCACUUGCAGAAGGGAAGUUUUAGCUUUGUUUAGUAUAACAAGAGCUGCAGGACUCCCAGGCCAAUAAACGUGUUCACGUAAAACUCCAGACAGCUUCUUUUAGACUGGAGUCUUAUCAGGGAGACCUCAUUUUCCCUCUAAUUAAAGGAAAGAUUUAAGGGAGAGAAAGGGAUAGCCUAUGCCUCUUACUUGUGCGGGUCAGUGUUCGCUGAAUUAAAAGUUAUUCCAACAUGAACACAUUCCUCAGGAUGAAUGACUGCCUAGACUUUGAACGUAAUGGUCAACCAGUUUUCACCCGAAGUUUGACUGUUUCAUUUAGAAGAAAAGCAAAAUGAGAAAAAGCUUUCCUCAUUUCUCCUUGAGAUGGCAAAGCACUCAGAAAUGACAUCACAUACCCUAAAGAACCCUGGGAUGACUAAGGCAGAGAGAGUCUGAGAAAACUCUUUGCUGCUUCUGCCUUUAGUUUUAGGACACAUUUAUGCAGAUGAGCUUAUAAGAGACCGUUCCCUCCGCCUUCUUCCUCAGAGGAAGUUUCUUGGUAGAUCACCGACACCUCAUCCAGGCGGGGGGUGGGGGGAAACUUGGCACCAGCCAUCCCAGGCAGAGCACCACUGUGAUUUGUUCUCCUGGUGGAGAGAGCUGGAAGGAAGGAGCCAGCGUGCAAAUAAUGAAGGAGCACGGGGGCACCUUCAGUAGCGCCGGAAUCAGCGGUGGUAGCGGUGACUCUGCUAUGGACAGCCUGCAGCCGCUCCAGCCUAACUACAUGCCUGUGUGUUUGUUUGCAGAAGAAUCUUAUCAAAAAUUAGCAAUGGAAACGCUGGAGGAAUUAGACUGGUGUUUAGACCAGCUAGAGACCAUACAGACCUACCGGUCUGUCAGUGAGAUGGCUUCUAACAAGGUAAGAGAUGAUCUUUUUAUUCAUUAAAGUGUGAUCAUGCAGGGAGCUCCAGCUCCCCUCACCCCUGUCUGCAGCAGAGUGCACCAGGGAAUGCUACCAACCCUAAGAAUAUGUUUGUUGCUUUGUCUAGAAGAUUCUGUUCCAACGUGUCACACUCUACUUGUGUCUUGAUGCUACAACAAAAGUUUAAAAUCCUCAGUACGCUUCAAUUUCCAGAAACCAAACUUCUCUCUUACUGAUGCAGUUUGGAAUAGGUUUAAGGUGACAGAUGUCUGUCUGUAAAGCUUCCAAAUCAAUAUAAAAUUGAAAGUGCUUUAAAAUUUUUUUGCAAUUAUCAGGAAGCUAAAAUCUGAGUGAGUCUUGUUGCAUUGCAAUCAGGUGUCACAUAUUUAUUUUUAAACAAGAAAGUAGUUUAACCUUCAUAUAUCAAUGGGAAAGAAUGGUCUGCAUUCAAGUUUGAUAAAUUUCCUCUAAGAAGAAGGAUAUCCUGGGAUUUUCUAAGAUUUCUUUUGUGAUGCUGGCAUGACCUAAGAUAGAAAAGAAACAAUAUGCUUUGUCUCCAAAACCAGAGGUUUUCUUUAUUUUAAGUUUGCUGAUUUUCAUAGUGAAAUCAUUUAAAAUUGCUUCAUGCAUACUGCCCCCAGAAUGGUUUUAUUUACAAUCCCCACAAAGCUUAAUGUUGAAGAGCCUUAAUUAUCUAUCAUUAUAUCAUUUGUUUAAUUAACACCUGGACUUAGAAUGCUAAUUUAUGUAGUGAGAGUUGUUGCUUUUUGUUUGUAUUUUUACCUUGGAGAAUAUUAUAUUAAAUACGUAUCAUUAUAAAGUUAUACAAAGUUAUAUAUGUGUGUGUACACACACACACACACACACAUACACUUUGUUAAAAAGCCUUACACCAUACUUUCAUAGGUGCACAUUUCAGAGUCCCAGUCAUUCUAGUCUGAGGUAUCAUCUUGUUGUCUACGUUUCUGGGGCUGAGAAGAGAUUUUGCUCCACACCUGCCAGCAUGCCCUUUCCAGCCCUGAGGUGCACCAGUGAGUGUGUGUCCCUUCUCCAGCUUUCCUGGGGUAAAAGUACCACCUUUGGAUCAAGGCUUGCUGGCUGCCACUCAGAGGAUCUGCGCAGAGGAAGCAGUGUGUCCUCAGGAGAUCCUGAAGGAGGGGAGGGGGGACUCUUCCUACUUGGAACUCUUUGUUUAUUGGUUAAUGAAAGGGCAAAAAUAAGUCCCUUUCUAAAAUUCUAGUUUAGAGUUUAAGUUGGAAGGGGAAAAAAAGAAAAUAACACAUUUGAGGAUUAACUAUUUAUUGACUUUUCUCUGAAGUUCUCAAUUGAAGGUUAAACUCAGGGAUUUUCCAGGCUGGGGUAAAACUCAACCAACUGCUUCCCCAUGAGGAGGGCUUUGCUGUGUAACUUCUCCAAAUCACACUGGGACUCCAUGUAGAAGGACUUUCAUAAGGCUUGAGCCUACUUUGGAGCAUUAGCAGACACUCUGUUCCCUGUAUUUUGUGGUAAUUGACGGCUAUGCAAGAUGUAGAUCCAACAUUUAUGGGGUAGUUUUUCAACAGCUUUCACCAUAGAGAACAUGGCAAACUUCAAUAGUCACCAAAAUAUACUAACUAGAAUCACCAAGAUAAAGCAGGCAAUUAACUCCAAGAAAAGAAAAAGAGUACCCCCUGAGAAACUACAAAUUGCCAUUAAUUUUCAUUUUGAAUGUCAAUAUGCUGUAGUAUUCUAAUCCCAUUCAUGCCUUGAGUGCUGGAAUUAGACAUUGACACUGUCUUGCAAAUUUAUUAAAAAUAAUCUUAUUCAGCAUGGUAGUUAGUAAGGCUCUGAGACCAGGCACUCUGUAGACACGGGUGAGGAUUCCAAUCCCUCAGGCUUCCGCUCCUCCUUUAUGGUGUUGUGUGCAGGAAGCAAUGAAAGUUGAAUAGAGCUAACCCUAACAAAAGGGCUAACCUUCAAUGCUGACACAGUUAGCUUAAGUAAAAAGCAUGCAGCCUCAGUCAUUUUCUAAAUCUACAGUGGAAAUGUUGUCAGGCAAAGCAAUUAUUUAGUGCGUGAAUGAUGCCAACUGACAGCUAAGAUUAAUUUUUAAAAAUAUCUCUUUACUACCUUUAAAAAAAUUAUUGAUUUUUCAGAUAAUUGUCUCAGGUUAAGCUUGAGCAUAACAUGCACCAUGACACAUAUGAUAUAAGGCAAUGAGGCCAGGAAGUGGUGGCUCACGACUGUAAUCCCAGCACUUUGGGAGGUCAAGGAAGCACUUUGGGAUUGCUUGAGCCCAGGAGUUCGAGAUAAUGCAAUGCAAACAUUUUUGGGGCCACCAGAAAGAAAUUGAUCUACACCAGUUCUUUGGGAACUGAAUUAUCUGUGGCAAAAAAAAUUAUAUUCCAUAUUCAGUUUUCAAUGUUGCUGAAAUUAUCUGAGAUUUCCAUCCAAGUUGACAUCUUAAAACUUUAUCGUGAUCAUCAGUCCCAUUACUAUGUAGUCUUAUUUGGCCAUAUUUUGCUUACCCUUGUCAACUAAGGAGCCAGUGUAAAUCUCUGAGUUGCAGAUCUGGAAGUGAUGUGAAGAAAUGUUAUAGAGGGAGUGUACUUAUCAGUGGUAUCCACUACAUUUUUGCAAAAACUCUGUGUUCCUAGUUCUGUUUCAGCUAAGUGGCCACUAAGUUUUGUUUGCAAUGUCUGAUCUUAAGAACAGUGAUAGGUGAAAUCAUGUUAUGCUGAGGGGUAUUUGGGAAUUACAUAAAUGCAGUCUAUAUGCAACUGGUAGAGAGUUAACUGUGUUUGGUGGAGGAAAAGCAAGCACCUUUCAUCUUUACUUCAUCUAGGUAGGGUUGUGCUUUUUUAGUUUGUUUGUUUUCCUUAAUCCUUCAAAUUUUGAAGAAAACUAAGUGAUUCAAAUCUCCUAAAAGACUUUCUCAAAUGUACUUCAUAGCCUAGAGAGUUAGAUAGGAAACAUCGUCCUCUCUUUGGCCCAAAUUUCUCUGAUCUCUUAAUGCUGGCCACAGUCCAGAUGGAAUUCCAGAAUUUUAGAGAACGAUGCUGCCUGGUAGGUUAGUCUUGUAAAUUAUUUUCCUCCAAGAAUUACUAGAAGAUGGAAUAAGUUCAGCAGAAGUUUUACAAGGCAAUGGUAUUGUUAUUUAAGAUGAAAAGGAUGGCUAGUGAACCUCCUGCCAGCUGCCCAAAUUCGAUUAGACAUGUUAGAGCUAGCUGUUUUGCUGAACAACAGAUUGCCUUCUUAGAAUUGUUCAUUAAUUUUGUGUUUCAAUUUUCAUCACCUCCUGAAUUAGAAGAAUUGCCUUACACUUCAGCAAAAUGCAUCAGAGCAUGAGUUUCUCAGUGGCAAAACAGUCAGAUGUUUUGAAAACAGGAUGCUUUGGCUCUCCAUUAUAAAAAGAGGAACGGAAAGAGAAACAGUAUAGAAAGGAAGAAAGCAAAUAGCCUCAGCAGGGUCCCCAGCCCAACAACGGCAUAAACAGUGACCUAUCUUCCUGACCUUCACUGUGGCUCAGUUCCUGACCUCGUGUCACCAAAGCCAACCAACGUCAUUAGAGGAGGAUAGGAGGAAUGGCGCAGCUGCUGUUAGGGUGACUAGAAUUUCCUGUCUGCUUCCUGACAGACGCAGUCAGAAAAGUACAGGGUUGCAACAACAGUGGCUGAGGAAGGACCAACCCAGAACAAUCCCAGGGAGGCGUAAUUGUGACUGGUGGGGAAUGGGGAGGUGUUCCUUCCCUCAUUGUACUGAGAAACCUAGUCUUUCACCUAGAAUUUUCAGGUGAAAAACGUCAAAAGGGUCAUUCUUACCCAGAAUGCUAAAUGUGUUUCAAAAGAUGAACUUACUGUGGUAUUCAGAAAGGAGCUAUAUUCAAGCAACUAGUCACUGUCUUCACUUCCCCCACAAACACCCUCCACUGUCCUUUUCGUUCUCCAUUGGUUUUGCUCUGGGGCUGUUUUAUAUGCAGUACAAAGGUUGGGUGCUGCUGGGUGAAAAUGGAUAUUCUGUUGUUGAAAAGAGUGGCCUUGUGUAUUAGUACUUUUUUUUUAGAAUGAAGCGUUAGGACCUAGCACUUGAGUAAAUGUUUGCUAAGAUAGAAAUGGGAGAUAGAUGGUCCUUUUUCUCUUAAGGCAUUGUGAAGUCGGCUACAGAUAACCAUCAUGAGGAAGUGAGUCCUCCUGGCUACGCAGGCUUAUUUUUCCAGUUCUUCAGGUGCAGCCAUACUACAGUACUAAACACAGAGCACAAAGGCAACUAAUUGCCAGUGCUCUUGGGUGUGCGGGAUAAAGUCACACGAUUCUACCAGGCCCCGAGCCAGCUGGGAAUUAGGCUGCAUGACACUGGAUGGUGAUCAUGACAGGCUGAUUGCCCUAAUGAGGGGUGAACCAUUUUGUAUUUAACUGAAUAAUCAAUAACUAUGGAAAAUGCCAGCUCCCGCAGAACUGACAGGAAAUAGAUCUUACUGGCCAAUGGAUUCAUCUUAGAACUCUGUAAGAGAGAAGGUAGACAGGCGCUCAGUCCUUGAAAGGAAUAUUCAUGCCACUUUUGCCUAAAAUGUAAUGAUAUGAUUACUGCAGUGCCGCCCUUAGCAUAAGAUGGAUCCAUUUGCUGGGCCCUGUGCUGUAAUCAGAGGGCCUUAGCCUGGCCUUCCUUCUGCUGCCCUCCGCCCCAGUAAGUAAGGAGUUGGCCGGGCCAAGGGAGCAGCUUUGCUCCCCUCUCUAAACUACAUUUUGCAUCUGCUGGACCCCCACAUUCUCUGUCCAAAUGGCUUUGAACCCACUUCCCGGCCAUACAAGCCUCUUCCUGGGAUGUGCUGCAGGCAUACACACCCUUAGGCCUAAGGAGUUUAACCAAGAGGCAGCAAUGAGAGGUGUGAAGAGACUUGUGUAGAAGGAACUUGGGCAAGCAAGCUGCGGUCCAGGACUCACGCCGACUGCUCACAGGUCCCUGGAGAUGGAAGGACAUGGGGAAAGAAGAGGGCCAACCCAUAUCCAAGGAGUUCAAGAAUUCUAAAUUCAACCUGACCUUCCAUGCUGUUAUGGAGGGAUAUCUGUCAAGGUAAAGGAGAUAGCUCAAUGUAUAUCUUUGUAUAUUUAGACUUAUGGUGUGUGGCCCCACACAUGAUAGAGGUGACCCUAGAUUAGAGGGCAGAAUAGAAUUAAAAUCAGUUCUGGUAGCCAGGUGGGCACUCAUACAUUUUUUUGGUUCCACUUUUCUCUCUUUACUGCUCAAAUUUAUAUAGACUAAAUUAUGGAGGGAGCAAAAUAAAGUGAAAAGAGCCUGGGAAUAAGCCAUGAGUUUGAGUUCUAGCUCUGCCUUUACUUAGGUAUAGUAUUAUAGACAAUAAAACUAUUCGGAAUCUUUCCAUUUUCUCUUCUAUAAAACAAAAUAGUUGGAAAAGACCCAGCUCUUCAGUUUAUUGAUUGAAUAAUAUUAGUAAACAACAGAACUACCUUUACAGGUGUAUGCAAACAUUGUGCUAAGCUCUUUACCUCAUUCUGUAAUCAAUAUUCACAGUAACCCUUUGAAAUAGGUACUGUUAUUAUUCCUGCUUUACAGAUGAGUAAAGUGAGGCAUAGAAAGUUGAAAUAACUUGCCUAAGGUAAAUCAUAGAGCUAGGAUUCAUACCCAGUCCAUCUGACUUACCAUCAAUGAUCUCAAUGAGGCAUAUAAAGAUAGAAAAAAGUUUAGAGUUAUUUAAUAAUUCUUCUAAGGGGAUUUCGGAUUGGUUGGUGGGUGAUCUUGUUCUUUCAACUGUGGCAAGCAUUAGUGAGGCCUGGUUCAAAUUUAUAUUCUGUAGCUACCAUACUCACAGCCUCUAGGACAGCCAUUAAUUGCCCUAAGCUCAGUCUUCUUGCCUGGGAAGCAGUGUAAGGGGAAAGAGCAAUCACAAUUACAGAAAAUGGUUAUAAAGUGCUCAUAAAAAUGCAAAUAAUAGUAUUAAACUAAUCCAUUGCCUAUUUCAGAUCACUUUGCUAACUUCACUAUCUGUUUCUUAAAAUUCUCCAACAUAGCCUAAGAUAACAUAGUAAAGGUUUGUUGAAAGGACUGUAGACUACCCCCAAAUUCCCUUUUUCCCUGCUUCUCAAAAUAAAAAGGGAAAUAGAGAUAAGCUAUUCUUAUUUUUUAAUUUAUAUGAUCAUUCAAAUGAUUGGGGCAAUUUCAUUAUAUGCCACAACCUUUCCAAGGCAUGGAACAUGACCAUAAAACAGAGAAUUAUGCUUCAGUAAUAUGUAAGGGAAAUUUCUGGAAGUAACAUGUCCACUGUUUUCCUUGGGCUUUGUCUUCAAAUAAAGAUGAAAGAGAAGAUUAAGCUAUUUAUUCUCUGUCAUUGUUUCAGUUACUCUUUCUAUGACAAAAUGGUGUUGUAUUAGUGAGUAUUAGUAUUAGUGCAAUUCAGUAUUCCAAGUUCUAGUCUUCUCAAAACUUAGCAAAUCAAAGAGUUUGAAAGUUAUUUGGUGCUUUGUAAUAAGUUUGAUUUGUAAUCUGUUUUGUUUUAUUUAAAUAGUUCUUCAUUGGUUUUAACAGAACCAUUUCCUUUACUCAAUGGUAAUCCAUUUGGCCCAAUCUUUCUGCCUAACUCACUUGAAAGUCCUCAAGUGAGCAAGUCUCUAAAAAACAAGCAGAAAUGAAGUAAGAGAACAUUGCCUUUGAUUGUUUUACCUCUGGCUAGCUGAUAAGAGAGCAUAAUAGUCUCAAAAUCUGAUAAAUAAAUCAUUUUAAGGGGAGUAUCUUUCUCCACAUUGGGGAAAAAAUAAUAGUUAUGUUUAGAUUGUCAAAUGUAAAUGUAAAUGUAGAACACUAGUCUUGAAAAAUAUAAUUCAACCCAUUAGCAGAAUAAAUGUUUAGUCUCCAUUUUUUUAAUACUUUUUUCUCAUCUUUUUAAAAUUGUUUAGUUUUUUUUUUUUUUUUUUUUUUUAGAAUAUGUCCGAGUCUAAAUGGCUCCUAGGUUCUAUGCCAUUGUUAUCUAUGAAAGAAAAACCAAGGGUGGCGCUUGCAUUUGCAGUAUUCUUCCAAAACAUUUUUCUUCUGAGUAAAAGUGUGCUCAACAAGUGGAGAUAGCUCAGACAUCUGGAAGCCAGGACUUACUAAACAAGAAGAUGCCAGGGCAAAUUUGUGCCACAGUCAAUAGGUUUCACACUCUUGAAGGCAUGGUGCCAGUUGUCAAUGUGCUUUCCUGAGCAUCCUUUCCCUCUAGCAUUUUUCAGGGACCUACCAGCACCUCUCUGUCUUGCCCACUUGUACGUGAUGUUUCCCUCAAGUGGUGCCAAACUGUUUAGUCUCUUGUAUAUUUCACUGUAACUUCCUUUGUUUGAUUGACUUUAAAGUAGCCAAGUGCUUCCACAAAGAAAGGACUGUUAAGUUAUUUAGAAAUGAAGAAGACAGUAAAACUCCUGUUUCUUUCGUUUCUGUUUUGGGAAGUGCCUGAUAAUUUUUUCUUCUUAUGGAGUAGAUUUUAAAGCUAUAAAUCGUGCCAUUCUGUUCAUCAGUCACUUGUUUCCUUCUGCUAAUUACUUGCAAUUUUAAAAUGUAUCAAUUUUGAAAUCUAGAGCCCCCAAAGAUUGAAGUUUAGCAAAUUUAUUAAAAUAAAAUGUAUCUUCAUGGCUCAGUCACUUUCAUCUUCUAAUUUUUUUAGCUACUCAAAAUAAUUAUAAUUUUUAAAUUAACUAUGAAAUACUUUACAUGGCCGCCAUCCCCUCACUCUUUGCUAACAGCGUAGUGCAUGAUGUUUUAACUUUAAGCAAUUAUAAAAAUGAAAUUUGAAUACACAUACCGGGAAGUAAAAAUGACUAAGCCAAUGUUUAAAUUUUAGAUUUAGACAAGAGGUGUUGGCAUUUGAUAUCUAAAAAGAUAGAUUUUAAGUAGUUGUUUUAGAAAGAAAAUAGUAAAAAGAAAAAUUAUCAGUAAAUAAAAAUAGAUUUCCAACUCAAUUAUAUAGGCUGUGCUAAAGCCAAUCAGACAGGGCACAGUGAAGUAUUAAUUUAUCAACUAUCUAAUGUCUUUGGUCACUAUUGAUGAUGAAAUUUGAUACAUCAAACCAAAAAAGAUCUAAACAUUUUCUUUCCAGUUAUAGUUUUACAUGUUUACAUUAGACAAAGUCCUAAAACUUUAAGCCAGAAGAGAGCCUUAAGUAUUACUAUCUAUUUCUAUUUGAAGUCAUUUUAUAGAUGAGAAAAUGAGGUGGCUUUUGCCACUAAUAACAAGUGAGGAUUAAAGUACCUAAUGUACUCCAAAUAACUUUGUAAAAUAUAGAGCACAUUCUAAAUGAAAAGUAAUUUUAUUAUGGCAUGACUUCUCCAAAGUCUUAAGGUGAAUUAGUGGGAUUCAGGUAUUAAAGUAUAGGUCUGAUCAUAAAUCUGGCUUAUUGUUCAUCUUCAGCAAAAGGCUAGAUAUGUUUGAGAAAGACAUGGGACAUUCUCUCUUUUGUUUACAUUGACUUUUACACUUCUUAUUCUUCAUUUACGUUUCUUGAGUAAAAGGUAUACAUAAGUGUCUUAAUAAUUUCAAGUAAGAAGAACUAAUUUAGUAUGCCUGAAAAUUUAGUGAUCAAAACAUAGCAAGAACUAGUUGGAGUGAGUUACUUUAAAUGCACCUGGUUUUAAUUUCAGAAUUUUUAAAAAAGUCUUAAAUUUUUGAGGCUUUUGAUUGUUGUUUGCUUUCUCACUAAUUCCAAUGUCAAAGUUUAGGUAGUAAAAAUACCCUGUGGUUAGUGUAACUGCCCUUAACUUCUUUCUAUUUCUUUCUUUCCUCUCUCUGAAACUGAAGAUGAUAAAUUGGAAAGUUUUACCACUUGGAUUGGUAAGCCUUGGGUUCUCUCUGCCACUUUGCAGAGCUGUUAGCAUGGAACGUUGAACUUGAGAUGGUGAUUCCAGUUUGACCCUCUCCCUACACCCUAGAAUGUUUCUGCACAAUGAACCAGAUUAUGUAAAGCUCUCACAGCUCAAAUAUGAUUUCUUGACUCUUGAGUCAUAUUACCAAGAUCCUAGUGGAGUUAGGUACAAUGGUGUUGGCAGUUGCCUUGUAAAUAGUUUAAAUCAAAUAAGUCUAAUUCACAGCAUAUAGAGACACAUUUUUAUGUAUUUAGCUAACUUAAAAUGAGUCUUAGUAUGUGUAGACCCCUGAGUUAAACUGACACUGCAAGUAUUUUGCCAUAAAAUUUGGAUAAAUAAUAAACUAUUAAUGUAAUUAUUUAAAUGUGGGGAAAAAUCAAGGGAAAAUGACUCAAGGAAUUGAGCAUCUUGGGAUAAUAUUUAUUAAGGGAAAUUAUUCCAGAAGAUCCUUGACAGUCUAAUGUUAGCUCUUUUUUCUCCAUAAUUUCUAAUCAUUAUUUAUAUUACGAAGUAGAACAAAGUAAAAGAAGAUUCCUUAGUAUAUAAUGUAAGAAAUGAAAAGAAAAUUUCUAAUUCUUAAGUGAGUAAGAAAGCUUAGUGUUUUGGUUAUUGGAAUAAGAUAUAGAAAACAUGAAUUAAAAAGCUAAAAUGAGGCUGGGCGCAGUGGCUCACGCCUAUAAUCCCAGCACUUUGGGAAGUCAAGGUGGGCGGAUUACUUGAUGCCAGGAGUUUGAGACCAGCCUGGCCAACAUGAUGAAAUCCUGUCUCUAAUUAAAAAAAAAAAAAAAAAGAGAAAUCCCUCCCGCAAAAAAUUAGCUGGGCGUGGUGGCACACACUGUGAUCCCAGCUACUAGAAAGGCUGAGGCAGGAGAAUCACUUGAAACCCGGAGGCAGAGGGCAGUGAGCUAAGAUCACAUCCACUGAACUCCAGCCUGGACAACAAGAGUGAAACUCCAUCUCAAAAAAAAAAAAAACAAAGCGAAAAUGAGGCCGGGCCAGUGGCUCACGCCUGUAAUCCCAACACUUUGGGAGGCCUAAGAGGGCGAAUCACUUGAGGCCAGGAGUUCAAGAUCAGCCUGGCCAACAUGGAGAAACCCUGUCUCUACUAAAAACACAAAAAAUUAGCCAGGCGCAGUGGCACAUGCCUGUAGUUCCAGCUACUGGGGUGGCUGAGGCAUGAGAAUCGCUUGAGCCUGGAGGCAGAGGUUGUAGUGCACCAAGAUCGCACCACUGCACUUCUGCACUCCAGCCUGGGUGCUGGGUGAUGGGAGUGAAACCCUGUCAAAAAAAAAAAAAAAAAAAAAUGAAAGUGGAGAUUUUAUUGAGGGAAAAUCCAUUUGCAGGCUAGGAGAAUCAUUUGUGUAUAAAAAGGAAAGGCACAGAUUUUUUUUUUAAAAAGAGAGACUAAAAUUUUUAGUAGCUCCUCUUGAUUAAAACAGUGGACUUCCAACUUCCUCUCUACCCUCAAUGUCAGAAAAUCUAUGGAAAAUAUGGCUUAAGAAUAUUAUCAUCACUUGAGAAUAAAGAAACAGAGGGAUUUACCCUCCAUCUUCGUAUUCCAUUGCCUAGAAAACUUCCCCUUGGCUCAAACAUGUCAUCAGAUCAGACCCUGUGCUAUGAUUCUGCUCCUAGGACGCCAAACUGUGGGGCUUUUUUUGAAACCCUCCCUUAGCUAUUCUAACUUCCAUAACAUUUUCAUAGGCCAUCCUCUUACCUAUCUUAUCAAUUAAUACCAUAACUAACAUUUUAGUUAUCUGGGAUUUUAUUUAGGUCUGCUUAGAUUGCAAGUUUGAAUGUUUGAGACUCCACUUUCCUUGCAGGAUUCAGGCUAAUACAUGCCAAGGAGGCUUAGAUUUCUUUCUGUUUAAUUGUAAGGAUGGAAGUGAAAAGCAAAGAAAGUUUUUGUCAGUUGGUGGUAGUUGAUUUUUGGUUUAUUUUAAAAAGCUGUCUGCAGUUUUCUUGAUCAUUUAAGAAAUUUGUUGACAUGGGACUUUUAAUAGAUUAUCCUGCUUUUAAACAAUGCUGGCAUGGGUAAUGACCUCACUGGUGGGCACAGAACAAUAAUAAAGAUAGAAUUUUUUUUUUUGGUAUUUUCAAAAAAUUUAAAGUUAUGAAACAUUUUUAGACUAUCCAGUGACAACAUGCAUUUCCAGUAUACUUUUGUGUGAUGGUGAGAAGCUAGGGACCUUCUAAUGGGUCACUAAUGAAAUGGACUCCAACUCCCACUCUGGAUCUCUCACUCAUAAUCCACAAGGAUUAAUUUAACCUGCCAGAGGCUACCCAUUUAGCAAGCUGAAAGGACACAGUGCCCCCCAAUGCCUGUAGCCCUUGUCCGCUGUGAUUGCUAUUGCUGGCUUCAUUCUAUAAGUGAGUCAGAUGAUUUAGAUACAUAUAUGUUUACUAAUGCAAUGGGUAUGUUUUUCUUGGCCAGGCUCAGUAUAUUAUUUGUGUUCUUGUCAGGGAGAGCUACCAGUGAAUUUUUUCCUGCUGUAUUUUAACACUCAGGAACUGGUUGUGCAAAGUUUAUUUGCAUCUUUCUUGUGCAUUGCAUGGGAGUGUCCUUGAGAAUAUCUUGUCAAGAUUUGCUAGUAUUGUUUUUUAAAUAUUUAAAAAUCAGUAUCAUUUAAUUUCAGAGAAUUUGCUUCAACUUAUUGGAAUUAAUUAAAAAUGCUUUUGUAUUUAUAUUUUUUCUUUUACAUAUUUAAAGUAUUAAGACAAAAUCAUUGUCUAAUGCUGUCUGCCAUAGUAAAAUUUUCAAACUGAGAAAGGUCACAUACUGCUUUUCAAGACUCUUUAGGCCCCUUAAUACAAUGCUAAAAUAGAAGAACUUUGUCAAAAAUAAACAAAAGUAUGAACUCCUUGGUAGGAGUAGAUUCUCUUUGUUUUAAAAAAGUUAAAUACAUUGUGUUAAAAUGAGCAAAAUAUGAGCUCCUUUUUGUAAAGUUAAUAAAGGAGGAAUAGAGAUUAGGAAAAAUUCAGAAAUUUCCGAUCACUGCUUUUCAAAUCUAACCACAUGAUCCAGGACUUCAUUUCCCAGAAAACUCUGCAUCUGCCCGAGGGAACAUUAGUUAUGAGACAGUGCAGAGAUUUCUAAGGCCCAUUUCUUCACUUAAAGUUUAUUUGCUCUCAAAGCUUCCUGUGGUACCAGGAUAGAGCAUUAAAUAGCGUUAUUCUCUUUGAGUUAUAGCUCUUUCUUAUUUUCGUGUUGUUAGAUCCAAUGUAGCAUGGUAAUAAAACAUAUUUGAAGCAUCCCUUCCUGCAUACACAGCGCUCUUACCUGUGUUCUCGUAUGACACUCACCCUGAGGAAGGUCUUAUUGUAUCCCCAUUUUCAGAUAUGAAACUGAGAUUCGGGAAAGAUAACCAAUUUGUCCAAGUCCUUUACCUACUAAAUGGCAAGAUGUAGAAUCAAAUCUUGUUCUCUUUGCUCAAAAGUUGAAUGAUUUAAAAAUAAAAGUUAAAGGGAAAUCCACAAUUUAAUUUAUUAUAUUCUCAUAUAACUUGUUAACAAAACAUAUCAUCAUAGAAUUUUAAAGCUAGAAAUCAACGAAGUCUUGUUUUUCAGACCUCAGUUUAGAUAUCAUCUCUUUAGAAAGACCUUCUUUUAUUACCCUAAUUCAGCAGCUUGUUGGUUUUACAAUUUACUAUCACAAUUUAUGGUUUUUGGUUUUGAUCAUGGAACUUGGUUUUUACUGAUAUCUUUCAUUAGACUGUAAAGUUACUGAAGACAUGAAUUGUGUCUACCAUGUUCACUAGUGAAGCCCCAGCAGUUAGACUAGCUAUAGGCACACGGUAGGCAUUAGAAAAAAUAUUUUUUGAUCAAUUGCAUGAGGUUCAGAAACUUAAUCUAAUUUGUCCAGGACCCAGGUAUUUGUUAGUGGUAAAUCCAUUAGAACCCUGGAAUCCUGUUUCCUGUUGUGCGGCAAUGGCUACAUGUAGGGUCCUGCCAUGCCUAAUUCCAGCUUUCUAAUUGUUAGGUUGCAUGAGAAACCCUCAUCUGGUUCCCAAUGACCCCCCGCCAAAGUAUCCUGAAAAAAGGGAAAGCUUAUUCCUACCCUUCUCUUUCAUCCAGAGUCAGAUAACAAAGAACAAAGUUGUCAGGGACAAAUGCUUGCUUCCUGUGAGCAGAAAUGUGAAGCAUGGUUUUGGUUGGGGUUUUUGUUGUUCAGUUGGUUUUUGGUUCAGUUUUGCAAUAUUUGGCUUACUAUUCUCUCAAAAAGUCUGCAUCCUGUGGACAAGAAUCUAAGCCCUUUGGAGACUGGCAAUGGCUAUUCCACACUCUCUGGGGAGCCUAUUUAUGAGCACAUGUGUCUGUAACUCAGCCACUCUCCAUAUCUGUUGGAGAAUAGCAGCCUAAUUAUCUGCCAUCAUUUGGUUAUGUUUUUCAUUCCUGGCAUAUUGGUGACACUCCUCUCACCUCAGCCACAUAUUCAAUUAAUUCAUGUGUUACCACAUUGAGCUUAACUGUGAAAAUCUGAGCAAAAUGCAUACUUGGUGCAGUUAUCCUUAUGUCAGGUAGUCUGUGGUCAGUCACAGCUUUUAGCCAAUAGAUAAAAAGUUGUAAAGUGUCUUAAUUUGAGAAAAUUGGCUAAACCAAAGAAGCAUGAAUGGAUAGUUACCAACAGCCGGAUUUCUCCAAAUAAACUCUUUUUUUACAGUAUAACUUAAACAUAAGGCCAUUUUGAGUUAUGGUGCUUUUCAUUUGACUUGCUUCAUCUAUCUUUCUGGCAAUUCUUGUUUACGCUCCUUAGACUGGUGAAUAAUCUAAACGUCAACCAGAGAGUCUGAACUUCUAUGAGUAACUCAUGUGUCACAUAAUCUAUGUGACAUAGUACUGCAUCACACCUGCAGCAGCAUGCUAUGGGAAUUCUGUACUUAAUUAUAUAUGCUGCUGUCAACAAUGAAAAGAAGGUGUUCAAGUAUCAAAGAACCAACGGAAACUUCCACCCAAAAGCAAAGCCAAAGUGAGAAAGGUACCAUGAGCUCAGAUUAUUUUGAAAUUUACAGAUAAAACCUAGCUUCAAGUACAAAUACUGUGGAAGAAAGAGCACGCACUUGGUCUCAGACACCUUGGCAGCCACUUUACAUGUUAUUCCUAAUCUUCCCAUUUCAAAGAUAGAAAAUUCUAGUCUCUAAGAGACUCAAUGACUUGCUAAGUUUCUCAGACUAAGUUACAGUACAUAUUUUAUUUCCAGACUCAGUUGAAUUCUCAGAUGCUCCUAUGUCAUAUUUUAUUUCUGGACUCGGUUGAAUCCUCAGAUGCUCCUAUAUCAUUCUAUUAUGAGGUUGGGUUAGCUGAGGUCACUGGUAAGGCAAACCUGCAACCAGCACCCCCUCUACUUCGUGUUUGCAGUAGAAGCUGCCUCUAUAAACCUUCCGUGAACCCAACAAACCUAUACAUCUUGAGGUACAUUGUUGUUCAAAGCAUCUCUCCAUCUCUUCUAAAUUAUGAUAGCUAACAAUGGAAAACACAAAAUACAUAACAAGCCCAACUACCUUUUUUAAUAGGAUAAAAUUGCAUAAGAAAUUGCUAAGUCUAUGAUAUUUAUGUCUAUUUUAUAACUAUGUUAUGAAACUAUUUUCAUCUUUUAUAGUUUUAGUUAAUAGUUUAUAUGUGCAAACCUCCAAUCUGUUACAAAUUUUCCUCAAUUUGCUGGUGCAUACUCUAGCUUAGGGAUUACUGAAAUAUCAAAACACAUAAUAAUAUAUAUGCUUUCAGGGUAGAAAAGGAUAGAUCUAUGUAGUCCAAAGUUUUCUUUUUUUUUUGAUAGGCCCUAGAGUUGAUCUUGAAAAUUGCCUGAUUAGUAGGCUGUCCCAGCCCUGAGAAAUCGCUAAUCCAGAAGUGGCAAUUCCCAAGGCAGGUUUUGAAGCAUUCCAUUGUCUUUUACCUCAAGGGAUGUAUGAAAGUCACUAGCUGAAAUCAAUACAAUUAAUAAUAAACACAAUGUAUUCUACGUGGUGUUUUUAAGGAGUAGAGUAAUAAUCUCAAAAACAAGCUAUGAUAGAUUUUUGUAGCUGCAAAAAAUAUUAGAAACUUCAAUAAGGCAGGAUUUAAAACAACCUAAGAGGUACUAUAGACUGAAAAUGGAAUUCACUUCUUAAAGAGAAUCAUGACCAAUACGUAAGGGUUACGAAAAGAAAGCAGAAUAUUUGAGUGGUAGUUUCCCUGUUCUGUGUAACUACUUUCACCUCAGAUAUGAAGGUCCUAAAACAUAGAUGUUAUUUUUCACUAGUCAGGAAAGGACACUAGACUGGAUGGUCUGUGGGUCUGAUCCACGGUAAGUCUUCUGACUGUUGAAAAAUACUAUAAGUUGUAGAGCUUCUAGCUGCGAAAUGUUUCAAAAUAAACCUUUGUCAUCUACUUUGGAAUCAUAUUAAUGCCCUGUGGCCUUGGAAUUGACUCUAGAAGCUUUCAGUUAAAUAUUAACCAUUAUACCUGUACAGAAAAAGUUGUAGAAAGGCUUAAAAGGAAAAACAAAAGAGUAACUGAAUAAUGUACCUUGAUUCCUUGAUUUUUCUCAGUUACUAUGAUGAUUUUUGUCAUCUGUUGAAAAAGGUUUCUGCUAAAUUUAAUUAUCAGACCAUCAUCUCAAAUCUUCAAAGUUCCUUUUUUUGUCUUUCUCUAUUAACAGACAAAUUAAAAGGGAAGGAUCAAGUAUAUGAAAUGAAAUUGUGAUGCUCCAGGAACAGUUUUAGGUCUUAUGUUUCUCAUUGGAAGAAAAGUCCUCUGUCAAAAAGAAAAUUUCGAAAAGUUUAAAUUAUCUAAAAAUAUACAGUGCCCCUAAACCUAACAUAUAUAAUGAGUGUAUGGCCUGGAAAUCCAAUCUCUUCAUAGGCUAUUCGGACAUGCAAUAUCAGGACCAUACUUACAGUUAAAAAAAAAAAAAAGAUAAAGAAAAUUCUUCUUUAUCUGAAUUCAAAUUUAACUGUGUGCCCCGAAUUUUUAUUUGCUAAAUCUGGCAACCUUAUAUAUGUGGAAACAUAAUAUAGUUUAUAAAUAUUAUAUAUAUAGUUUAAAAUGCAUAGUGAAUAUAACAGUCUUUAGGUAUAAAUAGUUACAGUAUCUUUUGUGCAUUUGAUUACAUCACUACAGCAACUUUCAGAGUUGAGAGAAUGUUGGAUCAGGAGAAAUUGCUAUAAACAUUCUUAUGGGAAUCACUUUGGGUCUAGGAAAUGUCAAUUUUUUAGUGUUCCAAUAAUGUGUGUUAUAUCAUCUCUUGAGAAGUUUUCAGAAAUUCUGAGAAAAAUGGACAGCAGAAAAGGGUUAGAUAGAUAGGAAGAAAUAUCUAAUAAUUUGGGGGGAGCUGUUCAAGCCCUAAUCUCGGUUAGGAGAUUAGUUAUAGAGCAGCUAUAUUCAAAUUUGUUUGAUCUUUUGAUAUUUUUCAAUUCUGUAUGAAGGCAUUAAUGGUUUUUCCCUGCUUUGCCUUUUAAUAUGUCACUUGAACAGAUACUUGUCCUCUAACUAGCAAGUAGAAUUGAUUCUAUUGUUGCUUCAUCAUAAUUUUUGAUGCAGAAUAAUGGUAGAUAUAUUCAUGCUUGUUUUUCGUUGGAUACUUACUUAUUGAUUACUAAAUUGCUGAGCAGUUAAGAAAAGAAUCACUCAAUUCUAACAUGUUCAGAAGAGUUUCUUUCUGAUUUGGCACAUGGACAGUGAGAAUGAUCUCACUGUGUUUGUUCCCUGGCACACCAAAGGUUUGCUGCAGAUGUUAGUACAGCAGAACUUGUUUGCUAAGAUGACCCAUUAUGGAACACUAGCUGAUUAAGCAGACGUUAAUGGAUAAUUGCAUGUCCAUUAUUACUUCUUUGACCAUGCUACCAACUCAAUUCAAUUGCACUUGCUUUUCAAAUAAGACAAACCUGUCAAUAAAGAAACUGGACAUCAAGUUUCAAAUGAUUGGUAGAGUUUAUAGGGAAACACAAAAAGGAGGGAAGAGAUAAGAUGCACAUUGUCAAAUAAUCUGAAAUGUUAAGAAUUGUGGAAAUUGUGAGUUUCAUAAGGAGUUUUAGACAAAUCACACUAUAUCCCCUAUUCUGUUUAUUUCUUUUUCAUUUAAAACUUAGAUUUGCUUUACUUCUUUGGGUCUUCAUUUCUUCCCAUGCAAAAUUCCUGAAAGUCAAAAGGAAGAUUAGAAGCUAGCCAUUUUACCACUAAAGAAACUGAGCCCCAAGAAGUUAAUUCAGCUUACCCAAGAUUACAUAUUUGCUUAGGGCCAGAGCUAAGACAGGGACAGACUCUGUUUACUUCAUUUCUCACUAAACUGUACCACUGCAGUUUCAACUUCUUUCUACCACUACUAGCAUUCUGUGCCUUCAGGAGGAAUUUUCAGCCCCUUCACUUUCCUGAUGCCCGGGAAUUCUUUUUAAGUUAUGACUAACAAAGUAUAAAACAUGAGUCAAAAGUUAGUCCCUAAUAAAGUCAUUGUGACUUUAAUGACUUCGGCAGUUGUUUCAUUCUGCAAAAACAGGAAGAUCCCACACAAUAAGGCGCCUGUCUCACAGCUGGGCUCCUGCGUAGACGGCCACCCACAAGAGUAACUAACUGCUGGGGCUGCCUUCCUCUCUUUGACACCUUUUUAUUCUCUGUUCUUACAGUUCUCUCCUACUGACCUCAUCCUGAGAUUAUCCAUGAGAGAAAGGUACCUGCUUUAGCUAGUCUUUGAUAGGGUGAAGAAUAGUUUUAAUCACUUAAGAGUCACUCCUAAGUGAUUUUCAGGUCACCCUCAACAGGCCUAAAUUAGUCUUAGAAGAAGCUCUUUCAUGGGCUUUAUACUAGCUUCUUGUGUUAUCACUAUUCUGGACUGUUUUAUUCUCAAAAACAUAAAAUCCCCAAAUUUUAGAUUUGAGAAGAGCCUGCGAUCAUUCCAGUUCACUCCUCCUAUGUGAUUAGUUUAACUAAGAACUCAUUACCAAGAUAGUGCCUAUCUUGCCUGCGGAUCUCUGCAUAAAGCUCAAACUAAUUCUCCCAUGAGAAAUAUAGAAAAGUGAAGAAGUGUCCUAUCACUUCAGAAGAAACUGGCUCAGAAGAAAUAAUCUCUGUAUGCAGUGUUGAAACUGAAGAAAAAUUGAAGCCAUCAAACAAAAUGUUCCUAUCAAGUGUAAUUGAAUUUUAGCUUUUAUUACCUAGUCUCUACUUUUAAAAUAACUUUUCACUAUUAAAGGAACUUAUUGCAAAAAUCAGACAAUUUUAUAGAAAAGGUAUAUUCUAGGCCAAUAAUAUUAAAUCACGUAUCUAGAAAAUAUACCUUCUUCCCUUUUCAAAAAAUAGCUGCAAUUUCUAGCAGUGUAUGUGAAUCUAGUAUUGGGCAUAAGCUUAAGAAGGCAUCGGAGGAAUUUUUUGUUACUAAGAAUUUAUUUACAAACUUUGCUUGUCUGUGUUGAAAAGGGGCAUUGGCCAUUUCCUCUGGGGACAUUAUUUCUAGGUAGGCUGUAACAGGGUUUUCCUGUGAAGGCAGAUUCUUAGGGAAAAUAGUAUCUGUGUACAUGAGAUGGUAGAGACACAUUUAUCUUUAAAAUAAUGUGUUCCUGUUUGUGGAUUUCUCUACCGCACUUAAUAAAGUAAAUAAUGCUCGUUUUCUUCCAAUCCAGUAACUCCUUGGGGCACAGUUUCACCCAGGAGCUAUUUUACCUUCGAGUCUGGAUGAAAUAUGUAACUUAAUAAAUAGACUCCAAAAGUCUUACACUAUGAAACUCUGAGGGAUGAUAAAUGCUUCCCUUCCUUUGUUAUGGUCUGAAGCAUUUUCAAUUUGAGUUGUUUUCCUCAGUCAUGUAGAGGGAGUUUUGUUUUCUGGGAAGUCUUGGUUGCUGGUAAAUAAUGUGUCCAAACUGUAGGAGGCAACCACAGAAUUUAUCAUACAAGUAUGAAAUGUUAGCGUUGAUCAUUCUCAUUUUACACAUGAGAGGUGAUGUAACUACACAGGAGAGUGAGAGCUGAGAAUGAAAAGUCAAGAUUUGUCUACUACAUUGUGGCUGCCUCUGGCUCAACAGAAACACUCCCAUGUGGGAGUCAGAUGCUGAAAGCCCAACUAAGCCUAGCUCCUCAACUGUCUCCUCAGGCUUAACUUCAAACAUAAUUCAUAUCUAUUCUAUUUCUUAAUGUGUCUCAUCACACAGUUAAACACUAGUCAUACUAAGUGGACUCUACAUAUACUAGAAUGUAAAAGAUACCCUUCCACCCCCCACCAUCUGCUCCUUGAAGGCCAUGUCUGCCUUUCUUAGUUUGUACAGAGCCCAACAUAAAUGGGCCCUUCAUAAGUGCCUUUUGAUGAGAGCAAUGAUUGCCUUCAUGUCAGUGUGGUUGGGCCCUCCCUUAUGGAGGAGGAAAACCAACAGUUGUUGCUAAGCAACAUGUAAAGGACUAGGUUAGUUUCUGACACUAAGUGACCACCAUUUGCAUACUUCGCCAUGUUGUGUGUUUUAUGGUUGCCUUAAGAUGACUUUGUUUUUUGGUAGCAUUGCUGUGCCCUUAGCAAAAGGCUUAUAGGAGAAGUAGUUUAGGCCUGGGAAGGAGGAAGGUGAUAUUCAUCUGUUAAUGACUUACAUGAGUACACUGAUUCCUUCAGUAAACUAUGCGGGAAAAGUGAGGAGUUUGGUUUAUUUUCAGCCCUGCAGCUGAGAGCCACCUCCCUGAUUCCAUAUUGAAAGUGAUUGACAAUGUAUCCCAACAGGGUCCUGUGGCAAUGGGAGAAUAUAGAAAGAAAAUAAACAGAGAAGUCUUUCCUCUUAUAGCCCUUUAUGAUUCAGUUUCUACCUGCUCCUAUCUUCUGAGCAGAGAUGCUGAUACAGCUAAUAAAGAACUGGUCCUACCCUCUCUAGACUGUUUGCUGUUGUGGUUAAACAACAUGCCCUAAUAUAUCUAUUCCUACUAGAAUGAAAGCUGAUUAAAAGCAUGAAAAGAGUUUUUGUUUGUUCCUUUGUUUUUUUUCACUGCUAUAUCAUCACUCUUUUCCCUGGUCAUUUUAGGUAUUCAGUAAAUGGUUGGCAAAUACGUGAAAAAAGGGCAUUAUUGAACUAAUACAAACCUGAUUGACUCUAAAACAUUCCUAAGUAUUUCAGAGAGACUAAAGGAGCCAAAAUGAGACAAUUGUUUGAAUGUUAUAUUUGCCUAAGUCUAGUGCAGAGAAAAUUAUGGAAGAAAUCAUGUCUCUAAGCUUUUUACAAAAUAUUUUUACAAUGAUCCAAUUAAAGUUUACUUCUUUGCCAAAAUUCAGCUUAUCUGUCAGAGCAUAUAAACUUGUUUUCUUCAGCUUCUGAGUCUUCAGCCUAGGUGCUUGUCUUUUGAGGAUUUAAAAUGAGAGGCCAUUGUGACUGAGCAGUUGUGUCUUUAAAACUAAAUAAUUUGGAAUUCAUGUGAUUCACCUGGGAUUCAAAAUUGCACAGAGGUUCAAUAAGUAAAAUACGCUAGCUGAGAUGAUUGAUUCAGAGAUGCCUGGUUACAAACAUAUUGUAUCAUGGGAAACACACACACAUACGCAAGCAGGGUUACCCAGAAGGAGGACGAUUGGACAUCUUUGAGAACAACGCAUGGUGCAAUGAGCCAGCAGGCAGAAAUACUGACUUGCAUUGGCUUCACCUCCAAAAGCCAGGUCUCCUAGGCACAGGCGAUGGCGUGACCCCGGGCUUGGAUGCUUGAAAUAAAGCUAUUGUUGGAUGCGGAUGCUUAUUUGAAAGGGGAAUGCCUCACAGGAAAAAGAGCCAAUUGCAAGUUGGGGUUGUUGCCAUGGUGAUUUGCUAUUCCUUCAACUUGCUAUAAAUGAAAUCCUGGUAGUACAGGGGUAGGGUAACAGAGGGGAAAGAUGAGGAGGGAAAUGGGAUGAACCUGGGGCGGGGAAUCCCACUGCAGUAAAGCUCUAGUGUUUCCCCUUGCCUGUGCUUUAACGCUGACAAGGAGAAGGGAGGGGCUGAGAAGAAGGGAGAGAGAAACCUGCAGGGAAGGAAUGACUUUCUCAACAUGCCCUGGAUUGCUAAAAUAAAAUAAAAAUUAAUUUAAAUCCUCAGAUUUCUAAUGUGAGUUAGAAGAUGUAACACUAAAUCUCAAACAAGUCACCAUUCUUUCAGUAAAUGAAUGUUCAUGUUUCCUAACACACUCUGGAUCCUAGAUGGAAAGGUUAAAAGAGUUUAAUACAUUUGUCGAAUGCAAUCUAAAAUGCAUAUUAAUGAGCUGAUGGAGGGUAGAAACUUACACGCUGCAUAGGAAGUACUUUUCAAAUAAAAUAAAUUAAUUCCAUUCCCAUUCAUUUUACUAUGAAAAGAGGCUAAAUGCAUUGGCACACGCUUGGUGUGUGCAACAAAUAAUCCUCCAAAAAGCUAGUUCACAAAAAUUCUUGUGUACCGGCAGCCUAGUCUGAAAACAGCCAUGGUCCUAACCUUUUUUAAAUGUUUGUUUAAAUGUUCAGAAAGUCGAUUAAUCAAAUGCAUCAUCACUUUGAUCAAUUAGAGCGGCUGGAUUUUUGUGCAGAGGCUGCAUCUGCAGAAUUCUGGUCUGCAGUGGAGAGAGAGGGUUAAGGAACACCUAGUUGAAAUGGGGGAGGGUACCGACUUCAGAUUUACUUAAAUAUUCAUGGGGCUUCCUCCAUAUUAAUCUUCUCCUUUUUAAAAGAUGGCUGUGUUUCCUAGUCUGGCAACUCCUCAGGAAAGAAGAAUUGCUUCUUCCUUGCAGAGUUCAGCUGAGUAGGACUAAUGUAGAAGAGUGGAAACCCCUUCGGCCACCAGGGCUAUUCAUAAUUCAUAAGUGCUUCAAACCAGCCAGCUGAAUACAUUUGGACAGGCUCUUGCUCCUUCGUGCAAUUCCUGAUUUCAUUACUCUCUUCUGCCAGGAAAUAAGCAGGGAGCAUAGGCUUCUUGCAAGAAUGGAGUGCGAAGAUGGGCUUUGUUUGGCUUAGGAAAUGCCAUACAUUUUGGAGGUUUUUGUCUUUUCUAAGUUUUGAUUAUUUUAUCACUGAAUCUGCAGGGCUUUCCUGAUCCUUUCAGGAUUGCUCUCUCAGAACUGUGAAUUCUUUCAAAGGGAUUUGUGGAUUGUGGCAAGGAGAACAUUCCAAAAUGCCUGAGGCAAAUUAUUUGUUAUCUGUAUCUUGGGGUUACAUCAAGUUCAAAAGAAUGCUGAACCGGGAGCUGACACACCUCUCAGAGAUGAGCCGAUCAGGGAACCAGGUGUCUGAAUACAUUUCAAAUACUUUCUUAGACAAACAGAAUGAUGUGGAGAUCCCAUCUCCUACCCAGAAAGACAGGGAGAAAAAGAAAAAGCAGCAGCUCAUGACCCAGAUAAGUGGAGUGAAGAAAUUAAUGCAUAGUUCAAGCUUAAACAAUACAAGCAUCUCACGCUUUGGAGUCAACACUGAAAAUGAAGAUCACCUGGCCAAGGAGCUGGAAGACCUGAACAAAUGGGGUCUUAACAUCUUUAAUGUGGCUGGAUAUUCCCACAAUAGGCCCCUAACAUGCAUCAUGUAUGCUAUAUUCCAGGAAAGAGACCUCCUAAAGACAUUCAGAAUCUCAUCUGACACAUUUAUAACCUACAUGAUGACUUUAGAAGACCAUUACCAUUCUGAUGUGGCAUAUCACAACAGCCUGCACGCUGCUGAUGUAGCCCAGUCGACCCAUGUUCUCCUUUCUACACCAGCAUUAGACGCUGUCUUCACAGAUUUGGAAAUCCUGGCUGCCAUUUUUGCAGCUGCCAUCCAUGACGUUGAUCAUCCUGGAGUCUCCAAUCAGUUUCUCAUCAACACAAAUUCAGAACUUGCUUUGAUGUAUAAUGAUGAAUCUGUGUUGGAAAAUCAUCACCUUGCUGUGGGUUUCAAACUGCUGCAAGAAGAACACUGUGACAUCUUCAUGAAUCUCACCAAGAAGCAGCGUCAGACACUUAGGAAGAUGGUUAUUGACAUGGUGUUAGCAACUGAUAUGUCUAAACAUAUGAGCCUGCUGGCAGACCUGAAGACAAUGGUAGAAACGAAGAAAGUUACAAGUUCAGGCGUUCUUCUUCUAGACAACUAUACCGAUCGCAUUCAGGUCCUUCGCAACAUGGUACACUGUGCAGACCUGAGCAACCCCACCAAGUCCUUGGAAUUGUAUCGGCAAUGGACAGACCGCAUCAUGGAGGAAUUUUUCCAGCAGGGAGACAAAGAGCGGGAGAGGGGAAUGGAAAUUAGCCCGAUGUGUGAUAAACACACAGCUUCUGUGGAAAAAUCCCAGGUUGGUUUCAUCGACUACAUUGUCCAUCCAUUGUGGGAGACCUGGGCAGAUUUGGUACAGCCUGAUGCUCAGGACAUUCUCGAUACCUUAGAAGAUAACAGGAACUGGUAUCAGAGCAUGAUACCUCAAAGUCCCUCACCACCACUGGAUGAGCAGAACAGGGACUGCCAGGGUCUGAUGGAGAAGUUUCAGUUUGAACUGACUCUCGAUGAGGAAGAUUCUGAAGGACCUGAGAAGGAGGGAGAGGGACACAGCUAUUUCAGCAGCACAAAGAUGCUUUGUGUGAUUGAUCCAGAAAACAGAGAUUCCCUGGGAGAGACUGACAUAGACAUUGCAACAGAAGACAAGUCCCCAGUGGAUACAUAAUCCCCCUUUCCCUGUGGAGAUGAACAUUCUAUCCUUGAUGAGCAUGCCAGCUAUGUGGUAGGGCCAGUCCACCAUGGGGGCCAAGACCUGCACAGGACAAGGGCCACCUGGCCUUUCAGUUACUUGAGUUUGGAGUCAGAGUGCAAGACCAGGAAGCAAAUAGCAGCUCAGGAAAUCCCAAGGUUGACUUGCCUUGCUGGCAAGCUUGGUAGAGAGGGCUGAAGCUGUUGCUGGGGGCCGGUUCUGAUCAAGACACAUGGCUUGAAAAUGGAAGACACAAAACUGAGAGAUCAUUCUGCACUAAGUUUCGGGAACUUAUCCCCGAUAGUGACUGAACUCACUGACUAAUAACUUCAUUUAUGAAUCUUCUCACUUGUCCCUUUGUCUGCCAACCUGUGUGCCUUUUUUGUAAAACAUUUUCAUGUCUUUAAAAUGCCUGUUGAAUACCUAGAGUUUAGUAUUAACUUCUACACAGAUAAGCUUUCAAAGUUGACAAACUUUUUUGACUCUUUCUGGAAAAGGGAAAGAAAAUAGUCUUCCUUCUUUCUUGGGCAAUAUCCUUCACUUUACUACAGUUACUUUUGCAAACAGACAGAAAGGAUACACUUCUAACCACAUUUUACUUCCUUCCCGUGUUGUCCAGUCCAACUCCACAGUCACUCUUAAAACUUCUCUCUGUUUGCCUGCCUCCAACAGUACUUUUAACUUUUUGCUGUAAACAGAAUAAAAUUGAACAAAUUAGGGGGUAGAAAGGAGCAGUGGUGUCGUUCACCAUGAGAGUCUGCAUAGAACUCAGCAGUGUGCCCUGCUGUGUCUUGGACCCUGCCCCCCACAGGAGUUGUACAGUCCCUGGCCCUGUUCCCUACCUCCUCUCUUCACCCAGUUAGGCUGUUUUCAAUGUAAUGCUGCCGUCCUUCUCUUGCACUGCCUUCUGCGCUAACACCUCCAUUCCUGUUUAUAACCGUGUAUUUAUUACUUAAUGUACAUAAUGUAAUGUUUUGUAAGUUAUUAAUUUAUAUAUCUAACAUUGCCUGCCAAUGGUGGUGUUAAAUUUGUGUAGAAAACUCUGCCUAAGAGUUACGACUUUUUCUUGUAAUGUUUUAUAUUGUGUAUCAUAUAACCCAAACGUCACUUAGUAGAGACAUACGGCCCCCUUGGCAGAGAGGACAGGGGUGGGCUUUUGUUCAAAGGGUCUGCCCUUUCCCUGCCUGAGUUGCUACUUCUGCACAACCCCUUUAUGAACCAGUUUUGGAAACAAUAUUCUCACAUUAGAUACUAAAUGGUUUAUACUGAGCUUUUACUUUUGUAUAGCUUGAUAGGGGCAGGGGGCAAUGGGAUGUAGUUUUUACCCAGGUUCUAUCCAAAUCUGUGUGGGCAUGAGUUGGGUUAUAACUGGAUCCUACUAUCAUUGUGGCUUUGGUUCAAAAGGCAACACUACAUUUGCUCACAGAUGAUUCUUCUGAAUGCUCCCGAACUACUGACUUUGAAGAGCUAGCCUCCUGCCUGCCAUUAAGCAGGAAUGUCAUGUUCCAAUUUAUUACAAAAGAAAACAAUAAAACAAUGUGAAUUUUUAUAAUAAAAUGUGAACUGAUGUAGCAAAUUAUGCAAAUGUGAAGCCUCUUCUGAUAACACUUGUUAGGCCUCUUACUGAUGUCAGUUUCAGUUUGUAAAAUAUGUUUCAUGCUUUCAGUUCAGCAUUGUGACUCAGUAAUUACAGAAAAUGGCACAAAUGUGCAUGACCAAUGGGUUUGUAUGUCUAUGAACACUGCGUUGUUUCAGGUGGACAUUUUAUCGUUUUUAAAUGUUUCUCACAAUGUAUGUUAUAGUAUUAUUAUUAUAUAUUGUGUUCAAAUGCAUUCUAAAGAGACUUUUAUAUGAGGUGAAUAAAGAAAAGCAUGAUUAGUC